CAUUUGUGCAGGCGGUUUCGCGAACGCCAGUGUUUACUUUCUGUGAAUCAACAUUCAAUCGUGUUCUUGGCAAGAUUGCUUAAAAAGCAGAAUGAGAUAACAAAGUUAAAAACAUAUCAGUGAUGGAUGCAAAUGAUCAUAGUACUCUAAUGAGUGAGGAACAAGUUACUGACAUAAGCAAAAACAGCAACACUAUCAUCAUUGCUAACAACGAGAAAGUAAUCUCUGCAAGAGAUGAAAAGAGUGCCCAAGUCUCAGACAUUUGUCAAGAGUCACUAACACCAGGUUGCAGCAAAGAGGAAGAGAAUGAAAAUAUAGUCUUAGACUCAGACCUUUGUCAGGAGUCACUGAAGCCAGGGUACAGCAAAGAGGAGGAGAAUGAGAAUAGUGCCCUAAACUCAGACCUUUGUCAGGGGCCACUGGAGCCAGGUUAUAGCAAAGAUGAGGAGAAUGAAAACAGUGCCCAAGUCUCAGACCCUUGUCAGGAGUCACUGGAGCCAGGUUACAGCAAAGUGGAGGAGAAGGAAGUACCAAAUGAAAGCUUACAGCAGCUACAAUGUAAUAUGCAAGAAGAGAAUGAAGCAGACCAAAAUGUGACCUUCCCUCAGAGUAAAAGGGAAGGUGAUGAACAAACAGAAGUUUUACAGAAUAAGGCAGCAUGUCAAGUAGAGAGUGAUGACAAGGGAUAUAGUAGUGAUAAAACAGACUUUAGCAAUACACAUGAAAAAGUAAUUGCAAGCAUUAACACUGAUGUGUCACAAGAAGUAUCCAGAGAAUUGUCAGAUACCCAAGACACUAGGCAUUAUGAAAUUGAGGUCUCAGAUGCAAGUGAAGAAAAAUGUGAAGUUGUGGAAGAAAAUGAAAGCUCUGUUGAUCAUCCUACAAUGUUCAGUAGCAAUGAAGAAGAAUUUUCAAUCAAAGAAUCACAAAGCACAGCAAAAAGAGAGAGAAAUGAAGAAGGGGAAAGUGUUAAAGACAGCUCUGACAGCAAAAGCAGGGGGACCCAGACUACACUACAGCUUCUUGAUUCUAGCAUAUUCAGAGAGUUUUCACUAGAUGUUGCAACUAUGCAAGUGGAAAUAGGUUUAAUGACAGUUGACUCACUACAAGAACUAGACCCAGAAAUUGAUGAUUGGCCUUUACUGCUUGUAUCUCAGCUAAGACUUCGUGAUAAUGUGAUUAACACCCUAAAUACAAUGUUAACGGACGUUCUUGAUAAAGGUCGAAGACUGGAAGAAGAUGUUGAUUACUUAAAGCUGAAGAUUCUGGACUUAAAACAGCAGGUCAAAAGGAACAAAAGGAACAAGAAAAUCUUCAGCACGCAAACAACAGAUGAAGAUUUUGCUGCGGCCUGGAGCAAAUGGUAUGCUGGGGGAUAUCAAUAUUACAGCCAAGAAGAAACAAGCAAGAUGUACUCCUCGACUUGGGAGUAUGUCCAGCAACCUACCAUCAGUCCAGCCACGCAAAUAGUGAAUGAGAGUGCCUUACCAUCUGUGGAGGAAGCUGUUCUUGAGGUUCAGGCAGAUGGGAAAAGUGAUGUAUGUAAUAAAUGUUAUUCUGAUGUAAAUAAACACAAGGUGAAUGAUACAGGUGAGGAGGAGGAUGUUGGUAAUCUGAAAACACAUUGUGGGUGUACUCAGAAAACUAAAGACAAAGAGAGAAACACAGCAAAGCACAAGAGGAACAAAGCAAAGAAGCAUGAUAAAAUUUUGGAUAAGAAAAUAGAGAGUGACAUCUUAGGUAACCCAAAAUUAGUAGCCAAUGACUCUAUAAAGGAAUCCUAUGCAGUAGAAAAAAAUAGUCAAACUAGUCUAAAGGAUGAUGAAGAAUAUUGUAAACCAGAUGAGCCUAGACUGAGUGACAAGAAAGAAGCUGCUCAUGGGUGGGAUAAUUCAGGUGAUAUGAGCAUUUUGGAUCAGGUUAAAGCAGCCGCAAAUGAGGCUGUCCAGGGGAGUGGAUAUGUGUUCCAGGAAGAGCUUGGUCUGUACUAUGAUUACAGCACACAGUAUUACUAUAAUGCAGAAACUGGAUUGUAUUAUGAUCCCAAGACUGGCACCUAUUUCUACUACGACCAUGCCUCACAGGCUUAUCAGUUCCACUCUCAAGUAGCUGUUGAUGAAAAGCCAGCAAAGAGGGGAAAACGGAAAGAUGAUGCAGACAGGGAAGAUUCACAGGGCAAAAGGGUCAAGCGGAUAAGAAAGGCAAAAGAAAGAAAUGAGGAGGAGAGAGAAGAAGGGGAAUGUACUGACUCUGGAGAGGAAGAAGAAUUGGAGCAAGAGGAAGAAGAAGAGGAAGAGUUGAAGAAUGAAGAGGCUGCUGAGGAGUGCAUUGAUAGGGAAGAAACUGUACAUGUGCCACCGUCCUUAAGGUUAAUGGUAAUUGAAAGUGCAAGUGAGAGAGUGAAGGUGGGAACACUACAUUUAGUAACCUUAGAUGGAGGCACAGUGGGUAGAGAGGCCAAGAAUUUAGUUCAACUGCCUGAUCUGAACAUUAGCAAGGUACAUGCAGAGAUAAGUUAUCGUUCAGAAGGCCCAGAUGAUCACCAUUACUACCUCAAAGAUCUGGGUAGCAAUAACGGAACUUUUGUGAAUGAUACAAGGUUGAGUGAGCCACGGGAAACUAGCCAAGAAGUAGAGCUUGGCCAUGGAUGGAUGUUGCAGUUUGGUCCUGUCAAGGUGAAAUGCCACAUUCACCCAGGAUUGCUGACCUGCAAUGAGUGUGAACCAGGACUAGUAAAUGCUAAUCACUCUUCACAUGUGCAGCACAAAUGCAAUGCACUAUUAGUGCAGCACAAAUNAAAGGAGAGCGGGGAAACGAGCCUCUUGCGACAUUACAGCCUACUUCAUCAUCUGAGCUUGCAGUGGCUCGAUAAUGACCCUACCUCCCCUGGCCACCUCCCCAAGCCCCCUGCCCACCUGCGGACGCCUUCAGUGACGCGAGCCAGCAAACCGCAGCUAACCUUUUUAAGAAUCGUCCCCAAGAAGCAUUUAAAGAGACCCCAAAGUGGACCUCCUUCCCCGCCGAGACCCAACAGCCGAGGCGGAGAUGCCAGCGGCCCCGGCGGCGUCGAAUGCACUCCGCUGGCUGAGCCGCGACAUCAAAAUGCCGCUAUGAACCUGUUCCCAAUCCUGGCCGCCCGUCAGACCUUGCUCCCGGCCGCUCGCGCUUGUCCUCGAUAA